AAGUUCACUUGAGGAAGAAAACAUGGCUGAAAACUACGUAUAGCAGGAUGUUGCUCGUUCGAUAGGGAUUUUUUGAGAUCUGUGGCAUGAAGAUUGUUAGAUGACAAUGUCUCCGUUUGUAGAAGGUUGGGAUUUUAUUGAAACGCUUGGUGAAGGCGCUUAUGGCGAGGUUAAGUUGGCGGUGAAUAGAGAUACACAAGARGCAAUUGCUGUGAAGAUUAUAGAUCUCGAUCGUGUAAAAGACGCCAGUGAUAACGUUAAGAAGGAGAUUUGCAUACAUCGAAUGCUUCAAGAUGUCCAUGUUAUCAGGUUUUAUGCCCAGAGAACAGAAGGCAGUAAACAGUACUUGUUUCUUGAGUAUGCAUCAGGGGGAGAGCUGUUUGAUAGAAUAGAACCAGAUAUUGGAAUGCCACAACCARUAGCACAGAAGUAUUUUAAGCAGUUAGUUACUGGUGUGGAAUAUCUUCACAGACAAGGAGUCACACAUAGAGAUAUCAAACCAGAAAAUCUUCUUUUAGAUGCUGAUGAUAAUCUCAAAAUAACAGAUUUUGGCCUAGCAACAGUAUUUAGGUUCAAAGGAAGGGAACGGUUGCUAGGGAAGUGUUGUGGUACUCCUCCAUAUGUUGCGCCUGAAGUAUUGUUGAAGUGUGAUUACCAUGCAGUACCUGCUGAUAUCUGGUCUUGCGGAAUUGUUCUCGUUGCUAUGCUGGCAGGAGAACUACCUUGGGAUGAACCAACAAUAAAGAACAGAGAAUACCUAGACUGGCUGGAUAACAAGAUCAAUAGAACACCAUGGGUCAAAAUUGAUCCACAACCUUUAGCUCUUUUAAAGAAAAUCUUAUUAGAAAACCCCAGUAAAAGAAUAACGAUACCAGGGAUCAAGAAAGAUAAAUGGUUUACAAGAACAUUUUCUGUCAUAAGAAGUCCUUCCUGUAGAGAUGGAAUAUGUAGCUCUCCUUGCGACUCUCCAUCUAGUACUGGGCCAUUUAAGAGGCAGCGCUCAGAAGCAGAUACCCCUGUCCUGAAGGAAAUCAAGGACACUCACAUUUCUGCUUCGCAACCUGAACCUCGUCGUCACCAAGAUAUUUAUGUAGGGAUGGGAGGCACUACUGACGAAAGCAGCCCUAAUGAGGCAUUAUGGUUYUCGCAACCAGUACAUCCAGAUCACAUGCUUCUAAGUAGCCAGAUUGCCUGUACUCCUGGGAAUUCACAGACACCAUUCCAGAGACUUGUCAAGAGAAUGACAAGAUUCCACAGUAAGAAAAACCAAGAAACCACUCUACAACAACUCAAAAAGGCACUUGAAAAAUUAGGAUAUGAUUAUAAGACAAAUGGAUCAAAACAGCUUACUGUUAUUACUACUGAUCGCCGCAAGAACAAAUUAAGUAUGAAAGUCAAUCUUAUUGAUAUGAGUCCUUCACUGCUAGUGGACUUCAGAUUAUCAAGGGGAGAUGGUCUAGAUUUUAAAAGACAUUUCCUCAAAAUCAAAGCUUGUUGUAAGGAUAUCAUUUGAAGGUGACACAUCUAUGAAWAGUAAUACAAAAGAUAUGAUACAUGUAUUUAAACUAGAAAUAUUUUUUUAAGAAUGCGUUACAUUACCACCAGAGGUGGGAUACAGUUGUUAUAAAAUGCUUUCACAUGGCAUACCAUGGAGUAUCUCACUUGUUUUUUCUUAGUAAACACACUCACACAGGAAAAAAAAAACAGAUUCCCAAAUUGGGAAUKGUUGGGAAUUUCCUUGAAUUCCCAAUUCAAACACCAACG